UAGGUUCAGUAAAUUUAUCAGGAUAAUUAUGUCCACUGUAAAUUUAUUACCAUUUGUUAGAGGUAUUGAUUUCUCUGGACAAGAUUAUAAGAAUAAAAUAUCUGAUAAAAUGUGUCAUAUGAAAGGUCUUCAUUGGUUUAAAGCUUGUUCUUCAGAGUUAAAUGAAGUUCCAUCAGAAUUGCUUAAUCUUGAUAAAUUAGAAAAUAUUACACUGAUUGAUAACAAUAUAAAGGAAAUACCUAAUUGGUUGGGUAAUAAAAACAAUCUAAGAUAUUUAAAUCUUAAAAAAAAUUUACUAUCUUACAAAUCCUUUUCUCCUGAAUUAUUUUUGCUAAAAGACUUAACUGUUAUUGACCUUAGUUAUAAUAAUAUAGAACAUAUACCUAUUCAAAUGUUAGAGGCACAGGGAAUUCAAGUUUUAAAUUUAAGCCAUAACAAAAUCACAAAGAUAGCAAAUCAUUUUUUUACAAGCCUUGUUGAUCUUAUUUAUCUUGAUAUUGGUGGAAAUUUGUUAGAGACACUACCUCCUCAUCUACGACGAUUAAAUAGUAUACAAACCUUGAUUUUGGACGAUAAUCCUAUGGCAAAUUUUCAAUUUAGACAAUUGCCCUCUCUUGUUGGAUUAAAGAUUUUAAAGCUUAAAAACACUGGAAGAUAUAUUAAUAAUAUACCUACAAAUCUCGAAACCCUGAUUAAUCUCCAUGAAUUAGAUUUAUCGCACAACAAUUUGACCUGGAUUCCUGAUCAACUAUUUAAAUUGACAAGUUUGCGUAGACUGAAUCUUAGUAAGAACGCAAUCACCUUGAUGCCAAUUAAAAUAGAUGCAUGGGAAAAUCUGGAGGUACUAAAUUUGUGUUCUAACUCCCUCAGAUCGUUGCCCAGCCCUACCUGUAAGUUAGUCAAACUUAGGCGCUUAUACCUUGACAAUAAUCAAUUCGAGUACGAAGGUAUACCACCUUCAAUAGGUAAGUUGAUGUCCCUUCAAGUGCUUUCACUGGCCGAUAACCUUUUACAGACCUUACCAGAUAGCAUCUGCGGGUGCACAAAUUUAAAAUCCCUGAUCUUAAACAAUAACCGAUUGACAACACUUCCAGGAAACAUCUACAAUUUAGCAAAUCUGAAAAAUUUAGAUAUAAAAAAUAAUCCCAAUUUCUUAAUGCCCCACAAAAAAUCCGAUACAACUAAAAUCGAGGGCAAUUAUGAUUAUUACAAUAUUAAUUUCUCACUGGAACACCAUUUACAUUUGGCUGAUAUAUUACAUCCUGGAACAACUCAAGAGAUCGAUGAUAUGACUAAAUCGAUUCUUAAAAAGAGUUUGGAGUUUAAAAAUAGUGCUGACAUGAAUACUUCAAAAAAAAACAAGAUUGAGGAAGGUGAAAAAGAACGACAAGUGUUGCAAGGUAUGUCAGAUGUAGCAUCUUACGAUAAACCUCAAGGUGGUCUUGAUAAAGUUGAAAAUGAAUUCGUCAGAGAAGCCCAUUCAACAGAUAUAAACUGCAAAAUGAAUUCUAAUAAUACUAACAUUAAUUGUGAAAUUGAAAAGGUUAAUAGCAACAUAGAUUACAGCGAUUUUUUUGAACCUUUAAUUGGAACUCAACCUGGUAUUAUUUGCUGGGAAAUCGAAAAUUUUCUGCCCAAUAGAUUAGAGGAGGCACUUAAUGGCAAAUUUUACGAUGGUGAUUGUUACAUUGUUUUAAAAACUUACUACUCUCAAAAUUAUGAAAUUAACCCAACCUUAUCUUGGAAAAUAUUUUAUUGGAUCGGUAAAAAGGCUUCGUUGGACAAACAAGUCUGUUCAGCUAUGCACGCCGUGAAUUUACGAAACUUUUUGAGGGCCACUUCGUGCCGAACCUCUAGGGAAGAGCAAAACGAAGAAAGCCCCGAGUUUAUGGAGGUAUUCGAUUACAAUAUCAGGUAUAUCGAAGGGGGUAGAACGGCGACGGGAUUUUGUAGCAUCGUUCCUAAAGAACAUAUUACUCGACUAUAUCGUUGCUCAUGCGAUGCAAAUAGCAUAAUCACAGAACCGGUUCCAUUGAUGACCUCCUCAUUAAACUCGGAAAACACUUAUUUAUUGGAUACUCCAAACUCCCUUAUUGUAUGGCAAGGAAAUAAGUGCAAAUCUGUGAAUGCAAGCAAAGCUAGAUUAUUAGCGGAAAAAAUAAAUAAUGUUGAAAGAAAGAAAACUUGCAUCCCAAUACAAUUUAAAGAGGGCAAAGAACCAAAUAGCUUUUGGGAUUAUCUAACUGCAGAUCAUCAAAUAAUUGAUAUUCAUACUCCGAUGAAAUUAGAAUUGGUCGUUAAAAAACCCCAACACAUACUUUACAAAGUGGGUUUAGGUAUGGGUUACCUUGAAUUAACCCAAGUUAGAAUACCACUAAAGGACAAACGGUUAAAGAAAUCAUUUUUAGAUAGCAAAGGAGUCUAUAUUUUGGAUUCAUAUUCUUGCGACGUUUUUAUAUGGGUUGGUAAAAAAGCUAACAGAUUGGUUCGAACAGCUGCUUUCAAGUUAGCCAAGGAAGUCAUCUACGAUUUUGAGCGCAGACCUGGAUACAGUGAAAUUAUCCAUCUUUUCGAAGGAACAGAGACUCAAAUGUUUAAAUGCAAAUUUUUGGGUUGGAAUGACGUCUUGGCUGUUGACCACACUCGCUCUAUUCAAUCUAUUAACAAAAAAGGAAUGGAUAUAAAACAGUUUUUGAAGGGAAUACAUAAUGAAAUUGAUUUAUCAGCACUUUUUAAAGUUCGUCAACCAGCUUUAGAUGACGAAAGAGCGAAGGCACUAAUAAAUGAAUGGAAUGAAGAUCUUGAAACCUUAGAAUGUUUUGUGCUGGAAGGCAAAAAAUAUGUUAAGUUACCGGAAAAUGAAAUAGGUCAGUUUUAUUCUGGAGCGUGUUAUGCUUUCAUUUGUAGAUAUUGGGUCGCGGUUGAAAUUAAAAAUCAGGCAUUCAUAACCAUUAAGUCCAUAAAAAAUAAUGAACGUUCUGCUUCAAAUGUGGAGUCAGAUUCGGAAGAUAAGGAUGCUGAUAGAAUAGGAAAUGUUAUUGAUUUAAAUAAACCUUCUGAAAAUCAUUUCUGGGAAGAAAAAUUUCAACCUGUUAUAUAUUUUUGGCAAGGAAGAGAUGCCAGCACUAUUGGGUGGUUGACAUUUUCUUUCGGAUUAGGUAAAAAGUUUGAACAGACAUUUGGCAAGGAAAAUUUGCAAGUUGUCCGAGUUUUACAACAACAAGAAAGUCCUAAAUUUUUAUCUCAUUUCAAAAGAAAAUUUAUAAUUCAUUGUGGACCAAGAAUAAAAAACAAGAGUAUCACAGUUCAUGAGAAAAAUUUACAAAAUCAUGAUGUGAUAAAUAUGAUGGCACCAUCAUUAUACCAAAUUAGAACGAAUAAUUUCACGACUUUCUAUACAAGAUGUAUACAAAUACAAAAAUGUGAUUCUACCCUUUUAAAUAGUGCAUUUUGUUAUAUUUUGAAAAUACCAUUUCAAAAUUCCUUCAAUGAAGAACCAGGGCUUUGUUAUGCGUGGAUAGGCAGCCAAGCUUGUGCUAAUGAUAUCGAAAUAAUUGAAGAAUUGGCUUACAAAAUAUCUCCAGAUUAUAAUAUUCAAGUUAUCAAAGAAGGGAAUGAACCUGAAAAUUUCUUUUGGCCUGCUUUAGGUGGCAAAAAUAAUUAUGAAAAAGAAGCUAAAUAUAUGAAUUAUCUUCGAUUAUUUCGCUGUUCUAAUGAUAUGGGAUAUUUCAGGAUAACUGAAAGAUGCGCAGAUUUUUGUCAGGAUGAUUUAUGUGAUGAGGAUAUUAUGCUUUUAGAUGACGGGUCUAAAGUUUUUAUUUGGAUAGGCCCACAAAGUAGUGAAAUAGAGAUGAAAUUAGCAUUAAAGAGCGCCAAAUUGUAUCUAGAGCAUCUUAAUGUAAUUCAAAUGGACAAACCUAGAAAAUUAAUGUUUACUUUAAAGAAUUAUGAAUCUUCGCAUUUUAAAAAAUGCUUCCAUGCCUGGAACCAUUAUAAAAAAAAUCUCAAUUAAUAAAAAAAAAUUCAUAUAAAAAAUAAGAUAUUUUACUCUCAUAAAUUAUAUGUACUAUUUAUUCAAGAUGAGUAUUCAUAUUUACUAUAAAUUUAUUUAUUAGUAAUUUAUGUCACAUUAAUUAUAUAUCGCUAAAAUUUGAAUGACUUGAG